AUGGAGUGGACGACGGUGGAGACGGUGGACGGGGCCAAGCUGAGCAUGCGGCUCUUCAAGCCGGCGGCGUCGGUGGAGGACGCGGAGGACGUGGCGGUGGUGCUCGUGCACCCCUACACGAUCCUUGGCGGCGUGCAGGGCCUGCUGCGCGACAUGGCCCAGGGCCUCGCAGAGCAGGGCCACCGCGCCGUCACCUUCGACAUGCGCGGCGCCGGGCGCUCCACCGGCCGCGCUUCGCUCACGGGCUCCAGUGAGGUCGGGGACGUCGUCGCCGUCUGCCGCUGGGUCGCCGACACCCUCAAGCCACACGUCGUACUCCUCGUUGGCUCCUCCACCGGUAGGUUAACUCCGGUGAUGCCCUUCUUUGUUUCUCGCUCCUCUCAGUACGUGUUUGAACAGUUGUAA